AAGUUUACAACUUAAGCCCAUGCUUUUGAGACGAUUUUACCCCCACGCAUUCUUCUGACCAAUGGAGGCAAAACCAAUCGCUAACGCUUAAUUUUUUUUUGGUAAUUUGUUAUUGAGAGAAUUAGAGCAAAAUUAAAGAGUAGAGAGAUUCAAGAGAGAAUACCCCCACCCCAGCUUGUCCUCACCUCUUCUCUUCAUCAAAAUGCCCUCCCCUCAAGUCAGUCCUCUUUUUCUUUCCUCCCUUUAUGCUUGGACUCUACAAUCAUAGCAUCGUCCUCUUUCUCUCUCUUACUUUAUACUUGGAGAAGAGAUCUGGGACCUCCGGGUCAUGGGCUGCUCCCACAGCAUUAUUGGUGGCAGCAGCUGCAUUGAGUCCGAAGAUGUAAAUAACGGCCGAAAGGACGGCCGCAAGCGGAGAGGGGACAAAGCGGCGGCAUCCGCCGUUGCCGGGGACUCGCCACCGCCGUCCCCUGAGGUGGUAGAUGUCAAGGCAUCCUGCAGAAAGAUAGCGUGGAGUCUCGGCCUGAUGCUCUCCAGAGCGAGUACGAUAACGCGGCGGCGAAAGAGAGGAGGGAUGGGAAAUGAGUGCUGUGUUUCGGAGAACAACAAGUCAUGGCUGCUAGCGGAUGCGCGAGCAGAAACGGAGGCCGAGGCCGAUGCCCAGUCGAUGCAUUCCUCGUUCCGGUUCAGCUUUGGCUCGCAGGGGGAGGCCUCCUCGGUGGCGACGGCCACCACGGUGUUGAUGUUGGUGAACUUGGAAGAUGAGGGGGAGGAAUUAGGGAGGGACGAGGGCAUGGGGGAGUGGCGGAGGCUGGAGUCGUUGGAGAGGAGCAUCUCACCGGUCGCUGGAGCGCUGGUGAGGUACAGCUACGCCGAGAUACAGUCGGCCACCCAGGCCUUCUCCAGAGGGAGGGAGCUGGGGAGAGGGCCGCUGAGCCGGGUGUACAAGGGGAGGAUUGGGGUGGGGAGGAGGGCGGUGGCGAUAAAGAGGGUGGAGGGGCAGGACCGGGAGAGCGCCAAGGCCUUCUGCCGUGAGCUGAUGAUAGCCAGCUCCCUUCGCAACGGCAAUAUCGUCCCUCUGGUCGGCUUCUGUGUUGACAAGGAGGGCCUAUUUCUUGUGUACAAGUUUGUCUCCGGUGGAAGCCUCGACCACCAUCUCCACUGCCAUGAGAAGAGGAUGAGGGGGAAGGUAUUGCCAUGGGAGGUGAGGUACAAGGUGGCGUUGGGGGUGGCGCAGGCUGUGGAGUACCUGCAUCAUGGCACGGACAAGUGCGUUAUUCAUAGGGACAUCAAGCCGUCCAACGUCCUCCUCUCGUCCCACAAAACUCCGAAGCUGUGUGACUUCGGAUUGGCUACAUGGAUUCACGGAGCCUCUCUACCCUUCCUCUGCAAGUCUGUCAAAGGAACUUUUGGCUAUUUGGCUCCAGAGUAUUUUCAGCAUGGGAAGCUGUCAGAUAAAACUGAUGUUUAUGCAUUUGGGGUGUUAUUGCUGGAACUAAUUACCGGGCAGAAAGCAAUUGAUCGAAAUAGGCGUCAGGGAGAUGAGAAUUUAGUUUUGUGGGCAAAGCCACUCCUCCAGCAAGGUGAAGUUGCUGUGGAAAAGCUGGUUGAUCCAAGGUUAAAACCCAGUUCAUAUCGUCGGAAUGAGGUGAGCCGGAUGGUUCAUGCAGCCACUGCUUGUGUUAACAGUGAUGAAUCAGGAAGGCCAAGCAUUGAUCAGGUGAUUGAAAUGUUGCAAGGAGAAGGCACUUGCAGUGGCUGGUCUGUUUUCAUCGGUAGUGGUUGCCUUGCUGGAUAUGGUUCUCAGACAAAUGAUCCAUUGCAAAAGAGUGAUAUGAGUGGCCAUCUAGCUCUGGCCAUGCUUGGGGUUUCUGACACCGAGGAAGAUGACUUGUAUGAUAGAUGAAUCAUUUCGGCCACCUCAACUUUCUGCACUUUUCAUUUGCCUUAGUUAUCCUUCCUUCCUUAUUUCUUUUCUUUUCUUUUCUUUUAUUUUCCUUUGUGUUGAAACUUCAAAUUAUCUUGUUCACUGGUUGUCUACUUUUUAUUUCGCUAAAUCAAGUUGUAAAUAUGUUGAUAAAGGAAACAAAAUGUUUUGUCUUUACGACUUGUGAAAAUUAUGAGAAAGUAUUGUUACCUAA